UCGUCUUUCAUCGUCACUUCCGUUGUUACGUACAUCCGGUUUAGCUUAUUUCACCCAUGCUCACUGGAACACGAAAAGGCUGAACUGAAGAACAACAAGAGGCAGAUAAAACCACAGAUAUAAUGUUCAAACUGGAAGGACUCGGGCCGAAAAUGGACCCAGAAGAGAUGAAGAAGAAGAUGCGACAAGAUGUCAUCUCAUCUUUAAGGAACUUUCUUAUUUACGUCGCUCUCCUGAGAGCCACCCCCUUUGUGUUAAAGAAGCUGGACAGCAUAUGAGCGGAGCAGCAGGUCUCUUCUUCUGCCAUCCACUGAGAGUUCACUCCCAUCAGAGACAGCAUGGACCAUUAUCAGCAGACAACUGGGGCCAUUACAGCAAAUCGUGUUGGAGACACUGCACCUGAGGAAACACCUUGUUCUCAUUUCUUAUUCCUUGUUGUAAACUUUAGUCUGCCUUUCUUGUUAAACAUAUUGUGAUCAUUGUUAAAUGCAAAGUGUGAUAGUGUGUAUCCCUGCCGUGUUCACACAUUAAAGGGAAACCAAUGUUUAUUUGGUUGGUUUGUUUUUACGUAGCAGAUUUGCUCAGUCCUGCACACUUGGAAUGGAAACUGUCAAACUGCAUUAUAAAUGUACACUGCAAGGCACACAUUUUUGAACGUUUUCAUCAAUGAGUUUGAAAUCUUAAUGUGAUCACUGAAAAUAAAAUUGGAGACCAAGAAAAUGUA